GUCGCCAAGGACCGCGCCGACGUUGGGGCGAUCCCCUGCAACGGCACGGUCGAGGCGGAGCUCAAGGUGUCGCCGAAAACCACCGCCAUCGCUUCCAGCCCAGCGGCGGCGCUCGACGCCCACGCCACCCUCAAGCGCGAGGGGAGGGCGGAGGCGAAGGCCACCAAGAGGGCGCUCAAGGCGAAGCGGAGGACAGGCCGCAUCAUCGCCAAGAUCCGCAGGCACGCCUCGCUCGCCGAGAUCGCGAAGGGCCUCUGGACCACGGGCUCCAGACCGCAGGGGGCCUACAGGCCAUCACGCCCCCCCCCCCCCCCGAGCGCCAACGCCCAGCAGCGGCGCCAAGCCGCCCAGGCGAUCGCAGGCAAGGCCCCCGGCAGGUGCCUCACCACCACGCUCGCAGUGCCCCUCGGCGACAAGGACCCUGGCAUCGAGCCCCGUGGGCAGACCAUCCUGGAGUGGCUCUCCUUCAAGUUCGCCGACCCGAACCAUCACAAGCGCGUCACCCACGCCUGGCGGCUCAUCUUCGCGAAGACCAUCGGCUACGGCAACAAGCGCUGGCGCAAGGUGGUCGGCCCCACCUCUGCCGUCCAGGCCAUCCUCGUGGACGCAGGGUGGGACUGCCCGACUCCCCGCGAGUGGCCCCGCCACCCUCGCGAAGGUAAGCAGGCGCAGCAGACGUGGCUCCUUCCUCGCAAGGACUGCGGCGACUGGGAGCAGCGCCGCGAUGAGAUCGACCCUUCGCAAUGGGGCUUCGGGUUCUGCCAGACCACCGAGACUGGCUAUUGGAACGACGCCACAAAGCACCUCGACGGCGAGGGCCUCCAGCGAGGCGGGGCCGAUGUACACGCAGCCACCAAUGUGACGAAUGGGUCCAUGCGCAAGGGCCGGUUCGACCAGCGGGCCCUCAAUAUAUGCGCGGUCGCGGGGGCGCAGUGGCCCAGGAAGAGGCUCACCAGUGCUGGCUACCAGGCAGACACGGCAUGCCCGAGAUGUGGUGCGCCAUCCGAGACCCUGAUGCACGGGGUCUGGCUAUGCCCCUCCAUCCGCGACCGCGAGGAUUACCAGAAAUCUGCCGCGCUCCUCCCCUCUGCCCUCCAUGCUGGCGUCGUGGCCUAG